AUGGCAAACAACAUGGAAGAAAACAUGGAAAGAAACAUGAAAAAAAGAAGUAGGGGUCGUCAGAGAAUCACAAUGGCCAAGAUGGAAAAUGAGAGUAACCUUCAAGUUACUUUCUCGAAAAGAAGAUCCGGUCUUUUCAAAAAAGCUAGUGAGCUUAAUAUACUUUGUGGUGCAGAUAUUGCCGUUAUUGUGUUCUCACCCGCCAUUCCUAACCCAAACAACAACAUGCGACUUAGUGAAGUGCAGCCGCAUACUCCCAUUCAACAAAUGAACGACUUUCUUACUCAGAUGAUGAAUGAUUUCGAAACAGAAAAAAAGAAAAAUGAAGAACCAAAGAAAAAGAGAAAAAAUUCUAAGAAGCCUGAGAAUUGGUGGGAAGAUCCCGUUAAAGAACUUGACUUGGCUCAUAGCCAAGAAUUUAAAGUUUUACUGGAAAACUUGAACAAAGUUGUUAGAGAUGAGGGUUCCAAAAAAAAUCACAUUUUUCCCCAUCCAGACGUCUGUGUCGGAAGUUCCAGUGGUGCUCUUGUUAGGGAUGGUGGCUAUAUCAACCCUAAUUUAGACCAGUCUGACCAAAGAAGAAUGUUUAACAUGAAUGCAUUCUACAACCAGAACGUGUAUCUUCCCAGUUAUCAGUUACCAGAUGGAAACAAUAGUUAUGCUGGAGGAUAUGUUCCAGAUCAUCAAUACAACUUAAAUUACAUGCAUGCGUUUAAUCAGUACCAGAACCAAAAUCUGGGUUCUAUAGAAGAAGGCAUCGCCGAAAAUGAACGUCAUCAAGAUGGCCAUCCUCCUCGUUUCUGA